ACUGAUCCGGAUGACCCGAUCACUUCAUUGAUAGAAAAAUGGUAAAUUCUGAAUCUUCAGACGCCUAGUUAAUUAUUCAAGUGUUGGGUGUUGCAAUGUAGAUUAUUAGGUACUCCUUCUUUGGCAUGAAAGAGUUGUUCGGAUCUGCCCCGUCGUUGCUUCUAUGGCUUAGGUGAGGCUGCUACCAGGCUUAACUCUGCAUAAGAUUGCAUUGCAGAUCGUAAGCCAACAUGGCAUCAUCUAUGUAAGAAUUGGAUCUUUAUAUGGAAUCGAACCUGUAUGUUCCUAGUCAUGUACCCAGUUGGCAUCAACAGCGAGGUUGGCUCGAUAUACAUUGCCUUGCAGUUCAUCAAGGCAUGGGAGAAGUACCGCAUCAGAAUGCCCAACAAAUGGAACUAUUCAUUUGAUUACUUCUACGCAUCAAUCCUGGUACUCCUAGUCUAUGUUCCAGGAAGCCCACAUAUGUACACCUACAUGCUUGGGCAGCGCAAGAAGGCGCUUGCAAAAUCAAAGAUCGCGUAAAUCUUAUUGAUACCUCUUACAAGAUUCGGUGACAUAUCAUUGUGUUAUCGUUUGCAUCAGAAAAUCAAGAGUAUAUUCUUGUCGGGCACUAGCUACAGUAGAUGAUUAAUAAACUCUGUGUCGUAUGAAUGCGGUUGUUGCUGAAUUUGCAUUUGGUUGGUAGAUACAAUGUCAAACAGUAAGGACUAGCAUUUUAUUUGUCGUAAACCUUGGUGGAUACAAGCUUUACCUAGUAAAUGUCCACACGAUGUUCUGAACAUUAUUUUUCAGGUGCAGAAGGAAUACCACAAACAUACCAUUA